GUACAGGAAGUAAACAUAAAAUGGAUCUCGGCAGCAGAGUAGAAUAAGGAAUUGUAAUAAUUGAGUGAAAAUGGACCGCUUUUCGUGGUCGAAUGGGCUCUUAGAAAUAAACGAAACGUUAGUGAUUCAGCAGCGAGGGGUCAGACUGUAUGAUGGUGAUGAUAAGGCUAAGCUGGAUGUUGGAGUUGCCUUGUUGAGCACCCAUCGGUUGAUCUGGAGGGACGUUAAAAAUCAUGAAUGCUGCAUAGCCAUGCCGCUGUCACAGAUCAUCUUCUUUGAGGAGCAGGCUGCAGGAAUAGGAAAGAGUGCAAAAAUAGUUAUCCAUCUGCACCCAACGCCUGCCAACAAGGAGCCAGGUCCCUACCAACACAGCAAGUACUCCUUCAUCAAGCUGUCCUUCAAAGAGCAUGGGCAGAUUGAGUUUUACAGGAGGCUAACAGAGGAAAUGACUCAGAAGAGAUGGGAGAAUACUCCAGUUUCACAGCCCAUCCCAACAGGCACAGGCUCUCAGGCAGGAAGGACGCGUGCAGUGGGGAUUGUUGGCAUUGAGAGGAAGAUAGAGGAGAAGAGGAAAGAAACGGACAAAAACAUUUCUGAGGCUUUUGAGGACCUCAGUAAGCUGAUGGUGAAGGCCAAAGAGAUGGUGGAGCUGUCCAGAUCUAUUGCGAAUAAGAUCAAAGACAAGCAGGGAGACAUAACAGAAGAUGAGACAAUCCGCUUUAAGUCCUACCUGCUGAGCAUGGGUAUUGCCAACCCUGUUACUAGGGAAACGCAUGGAUCAGGUACACAUUACCAUUUGCAGCUGGCUAAGCAACUGGGAGACAUGCUACAGGCCCCUCUGGAGGAGCGUGGCGGUAUGAUGGCUCUCACUGAGGUGUACUGCCUCGUCAAUCGUGCCAGAGGAAUGGAGCUUUUAUCCCCAGAAGAUUUGCUGAACGCGUGCAAGAUGUUUGAGUCGUUGAAGCUCCCACUGAGGCUGCGUGUGUUUGACAGUGGUGUGAUGGUGGUCCAGCUGCAGUCUCACAGCGAGGAGGAAAUGAUCGCCUCAGCACUGGACAAUGUGUCAGACAAAGGCUCUUUGACAGCAGAGGAGUUUGCGAAGCUCCUGGGUCUCUCCGUUCUUCUGUCUAAAGAGCGGUUGUUGCUGGCUGAGAAGAUGGGCCACUUGUGUAGAGACGACUCCGUCGAGGGUUUGAGAUUCUACCCAAACCUCUUUUGAGCAGUUCACUGUCAUCAUUGUUGAGAUAAUAACUCAAACUAAGUAAAAAGUUGCACUGUUUCUGCUGAUAGAUUGGAUGCAUUGAAAACAGUCUUCUUACCACUACAUGUAUAUACAGGCGUACUGCAGCGGAGUGCCUGCUGUGCUUUGAGUGCACUAAUGUAUCUUUCCUAUGAUUAUUGAACAGUCGGUGUUCUGUUAGUGGUAGAUCUCUGCAAAUCCACUGGAGAUGGUACCAGCUAUUUUCUAUCUAGGUCUAAGAGGAAAAGAAAAGUUUAUCAAGAAGAUGCUUUUCCAGAAACUCUUCAAGAAACUGCAAACACUGAACUUGCAGCAAAGUGUUCCCAGAUUUUCAUCACAUGUGUUUAGUAAUAAAUCGGUUUGGGAAAACUGACUUAAUGUGAUAUCGUUUUUUGCAACACUCUGAUUUCGAGUUUCGUUGAUGACAUGUUUUUGUGUUGCACAGCUUCUAACCCCACCGC